AUUCUCGACUGAUUGAUGUUCCAACCCAGCAAUGAAAUGAAAUCUGAGCACAUUCUCAGCUGUGGCAACAAAACCAAGCCUGUUCUUCACUCACACCGAGAUUCAGUGCUGGGAGCGCAACAAUUCUCAUUGGGGCAAAGACGUAAAGGAAAGCAGCCUCUUUUUCCAUCAAGAGCAAAGACAAAAAAAAAAAAGAUGGAGAGGAUGCAGGGAGAGGGAGAUCUGGACCACCUGGAGAGACCAAGCUCACUGACUGACAAGGAUAAGGUGAACAUCCAGGACUCCUGGGCAAAGGUUUACCAAAACUGUGAUGAUGUUGGAGUGGCCAUACUCAUUCGGCUGUUUGUGAACUUCCCCUCAUCCAAGCAAUACUUCAUCAAGUUUAAGAACAUAGAAGACCCAGAGGAACUGGAAAAGAAUCCCCAGCUGAGGAAUCACGCCCGCAGAGUCAUGAGCGGCAUCAAUACGCUGGUGGAGAACCUGGCUAACCCGGAGAAGAUCACCUCAGCCCUGAAGCUACUCGGCAAAGCACACGCACUUCGGCACAAAGUGGACCCGGCGUACUUUAAGAUCCUCAAUGGUGUAAUCCUGGAAGUAUUGGGAGAAGUGUUCCCAGAGCUGAUGACAGCAGAUGUAGCAGGAGCAUGGACUAAACUCUUGGCUACAGUCUACACGGGUAUCACCAGCACCUAUGAAGAACUGGGUUGGACCAAGCUCUCCACCUCAACCGGGUGAAGGUUUAUUGAACGGCGCGUACCUAUAGACCUCUGACUGUGUGUCUUCAAGAAUGAACGACUUCACUUUGAAAUAUCUUCUUCGCAUAGAAUCUAUAUCGCAGAAAUACCGUCUCAUGUUAUCUAUCGGCAGCUAUGGGAUAGCAUCGAAGUGUAUCAAAGGAGAAGACACAUAGAAUGUGCCUUGUAAUGUAUGUGUAAAGUACCGUAUUUUCCCCACUAUAAGGCGCACCUAAAAACCUCCAAUUUUCUCAAAAGCUAGGAGUGCGCCAUAUAAUCAGGUGCGCCUUAUAUAUGGACCAAUAUUGAGCCACUACAACAGGCGUGUCCAAAGUUCGACCCGCGGGCCAAAUGUAUAUAUCUUAUAUAUGGACAAAGUUUUGAAAUGGGCCACUCAUUGAAGGUGCGCCUUAUAAUCCGGUGCGCCUUUUAGUGCGGAAAAUACGGUACAUAUAUCCUAAAAACUGCCAUGUAAAUAUCACACAAUGCUUCUGUCUUUGCUAGUGGAAACCAUGCGGGAUACUCGGAAUAACAUUUUUACAUUUUUAACAAUAAUCAUAAUAGAUUUUCUCAUCAUGACGUACCUUUGUAUCCACAUUUACCAAUGUUUUGAAAUAAAAAUAUUUUAGAAAAAGUGA